AUGACCAGAACUCCUUCAAAGCCAUUGUUCGUGUCAGUAAUCUUGUACGAUCUGCAAUUGCUAAACAAGGUGAUAAGCUCUUUAUUGGAACUCAGAGAGUUUGCAAAGUCUAUGAUAGCUUCUUUGUCCUCAGAUGUUUUAACUGUCAAUCAUUUGGUCACCAUAGCAAAAGUCACCAAGGUCAUUGCAAAAGUGAACAUGUCUGUGGCUUUUGUGCAGGAGCACAUGAAACACGGACAUGUGAUCGCUCCGCUCCAUUGUGUUGUUCAAACUGCAAGAAAGCUGGAACUUGAUUUACUUCUGUCAGCCAUCACCAUGAAGUGUGAUUGUCUCGUCAUUGCUGGGGACUUGAACAUUCAUUUUGAGAAUAAGAAUGACAAGCUUGUUAGGAAGACGCUUUACUUAUUUCUGUCUUACGGAUUUAAUCAUCAUGUUAAUGAACCAACCCAUGUUGCUGGUGGAUCACUAGACCAAAUCUUCUGCUUCUCUAUCAAGAAUCAGCUUCAAUGCAAGGUUUUGGUUGAUAGUGUGAAUAGGCAUGGAUCAGAUCAUUUUCCAGUCUAUUGUGACUUCUCUUUGGAAUUCGAAAAGAAAUAUUUUAAAGAUAUCACUUACAGAAAUUUGAAGACUGUGGAUGAUGACCAAUUUACCAGUGAUCUCUUCGAUAUAGUAAACUUGAUUGAUCUUGGGAAAAUUGGAACUACUGAUAUGAGUGCAUCUGUUGCCAACUUGAACGACUUGUGUGCUGAACUCCUAGAUGAGCAUGCUCCAAUAGUCUCCAAGAAGGUUUCUGUUAUUGAUUCUGCACCUUGGUUUGAUAAUGAAUACAGGGACUACAGAAAGCUGAGAAGAAAAGCCGAGGCAAAAACUCGUAAACCAACAGCAACGCUUGAAGAUAAAAUCAUGUUUAGAGACAUCAGCUCAGAAUGUUCUAAAAUGGCUGAUCUGAAGAAGAAGGAGUACUUUAAGAAUAUGGUAGAAAACUCUAAAGGCAACCCAAGAACUUUGUGGCAGCUGGUCAAUAGAAAUUUAGACCGUAAACAAUCUAAUCCUCUGCCAGAUUACACAGAUGAUCUUCCAAAGCUAGCAGCAGACUUUAACGCCUACUUUACAUCUAAGAUUGAUAACAUUAGGAAAGAUAUGGAUCAUGAUCGGUUUACUCUUCCAUCAGACUCUUCUGCUGAAGCUCCCGAAUCCUACCACUGGUCUACCUUUGAACCUGUCACAUUAGAUGAGCUAAAGGAAAUCAUUGACGAGUUUGGUAUCAAAUGUUCACCUUCUGACAUCUUACCUACUACACUGCUUAAAGAGAACAUCAGCAUUCUGCUACCAUUACUUCUACAGAUUGUUAAUGCAUCCUUAUCUCAAGGUUCAAUGGACGGAGUCAAACUUGCUGAUAUUGUUCCCCUCCUGAAAAAACAGUCUGCAUACAAGAAGACCUUCAGCACAGAAACAUUAUUGAUCAGAAUAUGGAAUGAUCUUCUAGUUGCAUCAGAUGAAAAGAGUGCUACAGUUGUCAUGAUGCUUGACCUAUCGGCGGCGUUUGAUACUGUAGACCAUGAUGUCUUACUGAACAUUCUCAUGAAGGAGAUAGGACUAAGGGGCACUGUGUUAAAAUGGGCUCAGUUCUGGGACCUGUUCUGUUUAACCUUUAUAUCAGAUCCAUCUAUAGAUUUGUACAAGGAAUGGACUUCACAAUUUAUGGGUAUGCAGAUGACCACCAGAUCUUAA